GGACAAGUCCGCGGUCACACUGGCAGAAAGUUUUUUCACAACAAAAAACCUCCGAAUAAGAUCUAAUUAACCAUCCAAUGUGUGUUGGUAGUAAUAAGAAACGCUUCUAAGCAAGUUGUGCGUGUGUGCCAGAAGGCUGCACCCCAGAAUUGCCAGCAUUUGCGCUGAGUUUCGCUAGCCACAACAACAGCAGCAGUAGCAGAGGCAGCAACAACGGUGGAAAAGGAAAAUUCAGCCCAGCUGCAUUUCACUUAAUCGCCACCACAGGCAGUUUCUAUUAUGGACAAGAAAUCAUCGCCCGUGCGACGACAAAAGCGCCAAGCGAAAAUGAUUGAAGACAACUUUUGGGACUGCAGCGUCUGCACGUACAGGAACUCGGCCGAGGCGUUCAAGUGCCGCAUGUGUGACGUGAGGAAAGGAACCUCCACGCGAAAGCCUCGCCUGAACUCGGCGCUAGUCGCACAGCAGGCAGCCACACUGCCCGGAGCCAGCGGCAACAUGCCCAACGGUAAAUCCGCCUCCAGUUCACGGCACGGGAGUGGACACGACAGGCAGCGCCACAAAAUAUACCCGGCCCGUUUGAAGAACGUUGAUCGCUCCACGGCGCAGACACGAGAGGUGACCGUCAACUCCGUCACCGUCUUCAUCACAGAGUACAAGGCGAAGCCGGUGAGUAGCCGGCGCGAGUCCAGCGAGCAGAGCUUCACCGAGAGCAACGACAGCCGGAGUUAAUUUGCGGCCCGUUGCCAGCCGAAGCCCGUGCUACCUUUUGAUAUUGUGCGCCACGAUUCUCCAGGCCCCGGCCCGCCCCGCCCUUUUCCCUCGUCUAAGUGUACAAGUAGCAAAUUGUAAAUUCUAACUGUUAGGCCCGAAACAUAUGUAAAUCGAAAUCACUAUAAGUUAUUGAGUAUUAGGCAACGUUCGAAGCCCCCCGGUGCAUGGCUUCAGCGACUUCCAGCCCUGGCCAGUAGAGGGCAAAUACAGAGCGGGACAAAAGAGAGUAACGCAUUUACACGUCCCUCUGCAGCCCCCUGCGAAUGUGCUACCCCUGUAUAUAUUCUACCAACAGAUUCUGUGUGUAUCCGUCUCGUAUUGUAAUUCUAAUUCCUAAUUUAUUAUCGCUGAAUGCAUCUUCUGUAUAUGUAUGUAUAUUUUAUCAUGUAUAUUUUCGACAAGGAUAUCGUUAAUUUAAUAAG